AUGAUCUCUCUCUUCAAACUUCUGAUCUUCGGCCUCGGUACCUUAGCUACUCCUCUGGAGAAGAGAGCUGCCGCGGUAAAGAUUGCGAACGGCACUGUCAUCGGCGGGACCAAUGGAAACGUCGAGUUCUUCAAGGGAAUCCCGUUUGCCGAACCGCCCGUCGGGGACCUUCGAUUUCGACAUCCCAAGCCGUUCGACUCCAACUUUAGAGAGUUAGAUGCCACCCAGCGCCCCCCCGCCUGUAUUCAGGGCGACGGGACCACUGGCUCAGAGGACUGCCUGAAGCUGAUUGUCAUCCGCCCGACCAAUCGCCCGUCCGACAAGCUUCCUGUUUUGGUGUUCAUCCACGGAGGCGCUUUUGCAGGUGGUGAAGCCGAGCAGGGCAAUGACGGAACCCCCGUGGUGAAGAAGUCCAUCGAGUUAGGAAAACCAUUUAUUCUCGUCUCGAUCCAGUACCGCUUGGGCGCUUUCGGGUUCCUCCCGGGCAAACAGCUGGCAGGCAACACGAACCUCGGAUUGCGGGAUCAGCGUCUGGCGUUGCAAUGGGUCCACGACAAUAUUGCUGCCUUUGGCGGAGACCCCGACAAGGUGACCCUAUGGGGGUUCAGUGCCGGAGCAAUGUCAGCGUUCGACCACACCAUCAUCAAUAACGGCAACAUCAACGGCCUCUUCCGGGGAAUUAUCCUGAGCUCCGGCAGCAUGAUCCCCGCCCUGAGCUACGACUCCCCGAAGGCACAGGAGGUCUACGACACAGUCGCCAGCCGCGCAGGAUGCGGCCAGAGCAGCAACAGCCUCGAAUGUCUACGCAAGGUUGAUGCUAAGAAGCUGCAGGCCGCUGGGUACUCGCUGAAUAUGGAGUUCAGAUACCUUGGCGGCAACACGCCGUACUUUCCUCGUCCUGACAGCUCCGACUCCUUCUACUCUACGAGCGCGGAUGUGGCCGUUGCUACUGGCAAAUACGGCAAGGUGCCGGUCCUGAGCGGAAACGUGGAGGACGAGGGCACGCUUUUUGCCCUGACUCAGUCGAAUGUCACAAACAACAAGAUCCUUGUUAAUUACCUAUCGACUUACUACCCCGGCAACGCCCAAUAUACCUCCCAGCUGGUAGCGAAGUAUCCUGACGACCUUGGCAUCAGCGGAUCACCUUUUGGAACCGGGCUCCAGAACAAUGCCUUUGGGCAGUAUAAGCGCCUUGCCGCAAUUCUGGGAGACAUCACCUUCGUUUUUCAGCGCAGGCAUCACCUUCAAGCGAUUGCAUCAGAGGUUCCAUGCUGGUCUUAUCUCAACUCUGGCCUCUUCGGACUUGGUGUUGUUGGGACGAUGCACGGGGGAGACGGUAUGCAAGCUCUGUCUAGCUCCAACAGCGUUGUUGCUCAGACUCAGCAGCGUUAUGCAAUUGCCUUUAUCAAUACAUUGGAUCCUAAUGGCCUCGGAAUAUCGAGCCCUCUUAUCAACUGGCCGAAGUAUACUGCUUCGGGCGCUCAGCUGGUCCACCAAAAGGCAUCUUCGAAUGCGUUGAUCAAGGAUGACUUCCGGUCUGAGCAGUACAGUUACUGGAGCGAGAACAUCUCAAAGUUCCGAAUUUAG